AUGGUGCGUCAGCUCCACGACGGCAUGAUGGCGCGAGUCACGGACAACGGAGCUGUCUCAGAGGCAUUCGCAGUGACCAACGGAGUGAAGCAGGGAUGCAUGCUGGCGCCUACCCUCCCCAGUCUUAUGUUCUCUGCCAUGCUGAUGGACGCCUACCGUGAUGAACGCCCCGGGAUCCGCAUUUCCUACAGGACGGACGGUCACCUCCUGAAUCAACGAUGGGUGCACUUCCAAUCGCGCGUAUCCACAACCACCGUUUACGAACUCCUCUUCGCCGACGACUGCGUCCUGAACACCACCUCGAAAGAGGAGAUGCGACGGAGCACGGACCUCUUCUCCGCCACCUGCGAGAACUUUGGGCUGGUUAUCAACACGCAGAAGACGGUGGUCAUGCAUCAACCGCCACCCAACACAGCCACUCCUCCCAACGCGCCGCCGCAAAUCAGCGUGAACGGAACUCAGCUGCAAGUGGUGGAGAACUUCUUGUAA